AUGCUCACGCGCCCCGCCCCGCGCGCGUGCUCUCUCACCGCUCGCGUCGAGACGCGAUCGAGCCGCAGACGUUUCGCGGCGACGCGAACGCGUUUCGCCGCUCGCGAUGGACUGUUAUCCAUCGCGAACGUUUCGUCGUCUCUCGGUCGAUCCGUCGCGAUCGAGGACGUCUGCGUCGUCGAGAGACGAGGCACGCGAUCAGCGCGGGAUGCGCGCGCGCGCGCGGUGCCCGUGGCGGAGAUCGGUGAGCUCGAGAGCGGGAUUCAGGGGUUGUAUCUCGGGUCGCUGCUCUCGAUCCUGGGCGGCGCGGCGUACAUCGUCGUGCGUCAAGUUUUAAUUCGACGGGAGCUAGACGAUCAGGCGAAGAAAAUGGGGGAGCGCAUUCGUGCAGGGAACGCCAGCGCGGAGGAUUACUUCGAAAUGGGGAGCAUUUUAUUGCGAAAGAAGGUGUUCACGCAGGCGGUGAGGAACCUGCAGGCGGCGGCGGCGAACUGGGACGGCGACGAGCAAGAUUUGGCCUUGGUACACAACGCGCUCGGGUUCGGGUACUCCAACACGGAUAAGAUUGAUGACGCGAUCGCAGAGUUCAAAAAGUCGGUCGCGCUCCAGCCUGGAUACGUCACCGCUUGGAACAACCUCGGCGAGGCGUACGAGAAAAAGAAGGAGCUCAAGGAGGCCAUCAAGUGCUAUGAGGAGAGCUUGGUGCUGUCGCCGAAGAACCCGACGGCGACGGAGAGAUUGGAGGAAAUUCAGACGCGUCUCCGUAGACGCCUUGAACUUUAG